AUGUUUAUUACACUCUUCGGGAACAAAAGGUUGCUGAUGGCCAACGGGUACUCGUUCGCACAGACCACUCCAAGGCAUUGGUACUGCUCGAAGAAGGCCAAGAUGUGUAAGGCGAGGGUAUUCCUAAGCGCUGACGAGUCAAGGGUUGUGUUCCGGGACUAUAACCACAACCACGAUCCGCCUGUGUACGAGCGAACUACAAAAGGAUAUUAUGUUAAAAUAUCUGGGUAA